GUGACUAUCGCACCCAGAAAUCCGCACAGAUUACCAACUCGUUUUCCAGUUCCCAGUCCAAAAUAUGGCUUCCAAAUUGCCAGCUGUGCUGAGCGCGACCGAGGAGGAGAUUCAGCUUCUGCUGGCUGCGCAGUGCCAUAUCGGCACGAAAAACUGCGACAAGCAGAUGGAGCCCUACGUGUGGAAGCGUCGUUCCGAUGGUAUCCACAUCCUUAACAUCGGCAAAACCUGGGAGAAGCUCGUGCUUGCUGCUCGUGUCAUCGCUGCCGUCGAGAACCCCAACGACGUCUGUGUUAUCUCUGCGCGUCCCUACGGUCACCGUGCCGUCCUCAAGUUUGCCGCCAAUACUGGUGCCCAGGCCAUUGCCGGCCGCUUCACCCCCGGUUCCUUCACCAACUACAUCACCCGGUCGUUCAAAGAGCCCCGCCUGAUCAUUGUCACCGACCCUCGCGUUGACCACCAGGCCAUCCGGGAGGCGUCGUACGUCAACAUUCCCGUUAUUGCCCUCUGCGACUCGGACGCACCGCUCAAGUUCGUCGAUGUCGCUAUCCCCACGAACAACAAGUCCCGUCACUCCAUCGGUCUCAUCUGGUGGCUUCUUGCCCGUGAGGUCCUCCGUCUGCGGGGCACAAUUCCUCGCACUUCGGACGGCUGGAACGUGAUGGUGGACAUGUUCUUCUACCGUGACCCUGAAGAGGUCGAGAAGCAGCAGAAGGAGGAGGCCGAGGCCAAGGCUGCCGCCAACGCUGGAACUGAGGAGCAGGCCCCAGCUGAGUGGGACGUCAACGCUGGAGCCGGUGGUAUCAACCCGGGUCUUGUCAGCGACGGUGGUGCUCUUGACUGGGCUGCGGACUCUGCCGCACCUGGCACAACUGACUGGGCCGCUGAGCCUGCUGCUGGUGGCUGGGCUGCUGAGCCUGCAGCAACGAGCGGAGGAGGAUGGGAGUAGGUUUUGGUGCUGUAACACUAUUGCCUACAACCUCAAAACAUAUGCACUUACUCUCCAUGGGUUUCGCGUAACGUACUUAUGAUGCAUGAUCUCUACUAUGGCC